GUGCGGACGAAGUACGACCCGACGUACCGAGGGAGCUACAUGGACCCCGAUCAGAUGCAGCGCGCGGCCCACUGGAUUCUGGUGGUGUUCUUCAUCGCGGAGACGAUCAUCAUAGUGUUUCUGGUCAGCAACUGGCAGGUGUACCUCUCCGCGAACAAGGACGAGCCCGUGUUGUUCGGCCUGAUGACGGGCGCGACGGCCAUGGACUACCUCCUACCCAACCUGCUCGUCACCGCCAACAUCAAGUUUGUGGACCAGCUGUGGAAGAGGAUGUCGCCAGCGCUGACCGAGCGGGAGAACUGGCGCACCGACCAGGAGCUGAAGAACUCGAAG